AGCAGGCGCGAUCGCAGCCGGUCACCGUAUUCAUAUAGGCGGAAAAGUCCUUCUCCUUCACCAAGAUGGCGUAAAAGCCAUUCUCCAACUCCUAGACGAAGAAAAAGUCGUUCACCAUCUCCAAGGCGGUACAAAAGACAAAGGAGUAGGAGCACCACAAAGUCACCUGUCAGAAAGUCUCGGAGCCCAAGUCUUGGAUCAGUAGAACGCAAAAGUGCUGCUGAGAAAUUACGGAAAGAAGAAGAAGAAAAGAAAAGGCGUCAAAAAGAAGCAGAGUUGAAACUAUUAGAAGAGGAAACUGCUAGAAGAAUUGAAGAAGCAAUUAGGAAAAAAGUAGAGGAGAGUUUGAACUCUGAGGAGAUCAAGCUAGAAAUACAACGUCGGAUAGAAGAGGGACGAAAGAAGUUAGUUCAUGAGGUUGCCAUUCAACUUGAGAAGGAAAAGGAGUCAGCACUUGCUGAAGCAAGGCAGAAAGCGGAACAAGAGAGAAGAGAAAGAGAGGAGUUAGAUAAGAUGAUGGAGGAGAACAGGAGGAAGGUAGAGGAGGCUCAGAGAAGAGAAGCUCUGGAACAACAACAAAAGGAAUUGGAGAGAUAUCUAGAGUUAGAACGCAUCCAGAGACAGAAGGAAGAAGCCCUUGUGAGGAAAAAGAUGGAGGAGGAGGAAGAAAGAGCAAACCAGAUGAAGCUGCUGGGUAAAAACAAAUCUCGCCCCAAAUUGUCAUUUGCUUUUGGAUCAAAGUGACAGUAUUGUCAUAUUGGUUUUAGGAUUAAGUUUUAGAUUGUCUGGAAAGUUAUGUAUUUUGUAAUGGGAUUAUCCUGACCUCUGCCCUGCCCUUAAAAUUAGCUAAGCGUAUGUAUCUUGUGAAAAAGAAAACUUGCAGAUUCUUGAGAUACUGUCCUUUUAAGGUACGUGUCAUCUUUGCGCUCAAGUGCUGGAGCCAUGUGUAGUGUUGCAUGUUUAUUUUUGUCCUUUGAAGGGAAUGAUGAAAAUGAAACAUUUCUAUGAAUCUCACAGGUAAUUGCUCUGUUGUA